GGCGCUCCGGCCUCGCUGACGUCACAUGACGUCGUCACAUGACUACCAGUGGACAAACAGCAGGAAGAGAGUUGGCUCCUUGUUGUUUUUUUAGUAUUUUUACAUUGGACCCGUUCAGAACAUCAGAACCCGUCACAGGAGCAGCCUGAGCUCCAGCUGCUGUUUGGGUCCGAGCGGCGUUGGUUCGGUUUUUCGCGGGUUGAAGGUUUUCGUUUGACGGCGGGGUGAGCUGCACGAACAGACCGAACUCACCGAACUCACAACAGAACCGGGUCAGAGGUCACCAUGGGCUCAGCAGUGGAGAGGACAGAUGAACAUGUGAGAGAGUAUCUGAUCUACCGUGGCUUCACCAGCACUCUGAAACACCUCGACAGCGACAUCAAAGCCGACAAGGAGAAAGGCUUCAGGGUGGAUAAAAUCAUCGAACAGCUUCAGCAGUUUGUCCAGAACUUCGACCUGUUUGGUCUGAAGGAGUACUGGGUUUACCUUGACAGACGUCUGUUCUGCAGACUGGAGGAUGUCUACAGAUCCACGGUCAACAAACUGAGAACCAGCCUGUACAGAUACUACGUCAUCUGCACCAUCCAGAGAGGAAACCUGGAGAAGACUCAGGAGUUUUUCCAGAGGCAGGCGGCAGAGCUGCAGGGUCAGCCUGAGUGGCGUGAUUGGUUCAUCCUGCCGUUUAUCCCCACCCCUGAGCAGAACCCCGCCUUCUCUCCGUACUUCUCCCGUCAAUGGGCCGACACCUUCCUGGUUUCACUGCACAACUUCCUGUCUGUCCUCUUCCAGUGUAUGCCACAGCCAGUCCUGCUGAGUUUUGAUGCUGAAGUUCAGAGGACAACAAGACUGACAGAAGAGAAUGAACAGCUGCGCCAACAGCUGUUUGCUCGGCAGACAGAGAGUCGGGACCAGAGAGAAGGAGACGAGAGGGUCCACCACAAGCUGCCGAUGUACGUCCAGAACGCGGACAGACUUGGAGACACUGAGCUGGAAUUGGUGCCAAGCCAGCGUGGUGUCAGCACUGUCACCACUCCUUCCAGAAACUUCUUCUCUACAUUCCUACCGCAGGGCAGGCGCACUCCAGGGAAACCAUCUCAGUACACCACCGGGUCCUCGCCAAGCCAGGUAGCAGUGGGCAGGAAGGACCCACCAACCAAUCCGCCUGCAAAGUCUAAAGAGGUAGUUCAACCUAAGGAGGCGAAGCCAGUUUCCUGCCAGGCAUCAACCAGUGAGCCUGUGAACUCCCAGUCCCAGCAGUCAACAAACCAGUCAAUGAACCAGUCAACAAACCAGCUGACACAUCCCAGACACAAGAGAAUCCAGGACCAUGAGAAAGAGAGGAAGGAGCUUUUCUCCAAACCACUGUCACAGGCACCAGAGAGGAAGGGGGAGGCGGGAGAGGUAGAGCCUCUUCCCGACACCUCCAGCGAACCCCCCGAUUCCUCCUCAAAUAGCAGGAGCUGUGUUGGAGGAGCAGAGGGAGGAGGUCUGUCAGCAGAGCAGCCUUUCAUCAAACUCAGCCAGGAGGAGUAUGGAGAACACCACUCCUCCAUCAUGCACUGCAGGGUUGACUGUUCUGGUCGCCGGGUUGCCAGUUUGGAUAUAGACGGGGUCAUCAAGGUGUGGUCGUUCAACCCCAUCAUGCAGACCAAAGCCACCAUCAUGUCUAAGUCUUCUCUGCUGUCUCUGGAGUGGGCCACCAAACCUGACAGACUGUUGUUACUAGGCAGCGGUGUUGGUACAGUGCGACUGUACGAUACGGACGCCAAGAAGAAUCUGUAUGAGAUGAACAUCGAUGAAACUCAUCCACGGAUCUUGUCUUUAGCCUGCAGUCCCAGCGGCUCAUCAUUCGUCUGUUCAGCUGCAGCUCUCAGUCGAUCUGGGAGCUCCGAUUCUGUUCCACGACUUCCUAUUCCCGUGUCCGGACAGCUGUUGCUCUGGGACACCAAGACUGUCAAACAACAGCUUCAGUUCUCUUUAGAACCUGAACCAGUUGCCAUUAACUGCACAGCCUUCAACCACAACGGAAACCUGCUGGUGACGGGAGCUGCUGACGGAGUCAUCAGACUGUUUGAUAUGCAGAGGUAUGAGAGCGCCAUGAGCUGGAGAGCUCACGACGGAGAAGUUUACAGCGUGGAGUUCAGCUACGACGAAAACACUGUCUUCAGCAUCGGAGAAGAUGGCAAGUUCAUCCAGUGGAACAUCCAUCGCUGUGGGGUAAAGCAGUCGGAGCAGGCGUUACCUCAGGACUCCACCGGACCCUUCGUGCUGUCAGGGUACAGUGGAUACAAGCAGGUUCAGAUUCCUCGAGGUCGACUCUUUGCCUUUGACUCUGAAGGACAGCACGUCCUGACCUGUUCCAACAGUGGAGGACUCAUAUACAGACUGAACAAUGGGGAGCCGGCUCUGGAGAGCGUGCUGUCACUGGGUGGGCACAAAGCGCCGGUGGUGACGGUGGAUUGGAGCUCGGCGGUGGACUGCGGCACCUGCCUGACCGCCUCCAUGGACGGGAAGAUUAAACUGAGCACGCUGCUGGCACAGAAGUCCUGACCGAGGACUUGAUGGAGGAGGAUACCUCUGGGGUCAGAGGUCAUCCGAGUUUAGGAUGGACUGACUCAGUCACUGAUGGAGAUAAACACAAAAUGUUAUCUGUUUCAUGAAGUGAUACAAACAGUUCAACCUGACCAAUCUGUUCGAAAGUCACAUUCACAUUAAAAUGCACUGAAAGUUCAAUCUGAAAA